UUGAUAAGUGCUUCCACAUCCUACCCAAAAUCGAGGUCUAUGAGUACUUUUUAUCAACAUUCUUCACUUACUUCCAUUAUGACAAAAGAUCUCAAAGCUGAAGGCGAACUUGGAGGUGCCCAUCAGGAUCCCUCGAACGUCGGCGAAGUCCUCGAAGACAGAACCAUCGAGCACGACGCCGUGUUCGGAGACAUUACAGAAGAUGGUCCGAAUUACCGCAACGUGGGGUGGAUUGGUACGACUGCCCUGAUGAUGAAGACUCAGAUUGGCCUCGGAGUUCUAUCCAUGCCAGUUGUCUUUGAUACUCUUGGCAUUGUACCUGGUAUCAUCCUUCUCAUCCUCAUUGCUGGUAUGACGACUUGGUCAGACUGGAUCGUUGGAGACUUCAAGCUGCGUCACCGUCACGUCUACGGUAUUGACGACGUCGGACAGAUGUUGUUCGGUCGCAUUGGCUAUGAGAUCUUUGGGGCCAUGUAUGCUCUUUACUUCACCUUCGUUUCCGGAUCAGCCAUGCUUAGCAUCUCGGUUGCUCUUAACGCGCUUUCGACUCAUGGUGCUUGUAGAGCUAUUUUCGUAGCCGUUGCUGCUAUUGUCACGUUCUGCUUAUCUAGCAUUCAGACUCUUGCUCGCAUCAGUUGGGUGGCGUGGGUAGGUGCCACUUGCAUCAUCAUCUCAGUCUUCGUCGUAACUAUUGCCGUCAGCCUUCAAGAUCGACCUGCCGCGGCACCGCAAGGCCUUGGUGAAUGGAAGUCCGACUACAAGAUCAUUGCCCAUCCAAGCUUCACCGAUGCUAUCUCAGCCAUCUCGACCCUCGUCUUUACAUACGCCGGCACGCCAGCCUUUUUUAACAUCGUUUCCGAGAUGCGAGAUCCGCGGCUUUAUACAAGAGCCUUGGCAGUCUGUCAGGUCACAGUCACCGUUGUAUAUAUCAUCGUAGCCACUAUUGUCUACUACUACUGCGGAUCUUAUGUUGCCUCUCCUGCUCUUGGCUCUGCUGGUACAACCAUGAAGAAAGUCGGGUAUGGCAUCGCUUUGCCCGGCUUGCUAGGGUCCGCGAUUCUACUAUCUCACUUGCCUGCCAAGCACAUUUUCAUUCGAAUCCUCCGAGGAUCCAAACACCUCACGGCUAACACCACUAUCCACUGGAUCACAUGGCUUGGUUCUACUAUUUCUGUGUCUCUCGUGGCAUAUAUAGUCGCUAGUAGUAUACCUGUUUUUGGCGGUCUUGUCUCAUUGAUCGGUGCUCUUUUUGGCACGUUCUUGUCUCUUCAGCCAAUGGGCUGCAUGUGGCUCUACGACCACUGGAAGGGUGAGCGGACGACUAAGUGGUAUAUCGGGGUUGUAUGGAGUGUCUUUAUUAUUGUCUCUGGGACUUUCUUGAUGGUGGCAGGAACCUACGGCUCUAUUGUGGGCAUUAUUAAUUCCCCCGAAAGAACAGGUGCUUGGUCAUGCGCCGACAACUCGAACUCCACAUAG